AUGCAACAUCAUAUUAAUACUACGUCUUCUUUUUCUCGUCAGCAGCAGCAGCAUGUCGUGGGAAUACACUACGCAUUGGGUCCUAAAAUCGGUGAAGGAUCCUUCGGUGUCAUCUUCGAAGGAGAAAAUAUACUAAGUAACAACAGUUUCAAUCCCGUUGCCAUCAAAUUUGAACCAAGAAAUUCAGAUGCCCCUCAAUUGAGAGACGAAUUCAGAUCAUAUAAGAUUCUCAAUCGCUGUGAAGGUAUUCCAAACGCUUAUUACUAUGGACAAGAAGGUAUGCACAAUAUUUUAAUCAUUGAUCUUUUAGGCCCUUCAUUGGAAGAUCUUUUCGAAUGGUGCGGUAGAAAGUUUUCAAUAAAGACAACAUGUCUUAUUGCAAAACAAAUGAUACAAAGAAUCAAAGAUAUCCAUAAUAAUGACCUAAUUUAUAGAGAUAUUAAACCCGAUAAUUUUUUAAUAUCUCAAUUUCAAUCAGUUUCAAAUAAUAAAAAAUAUAUUACGUCGACGGCGAAUAAUGAUCCCAAUUUGGUUUAUUUAGUAGAUUUUGGUAUGGCAAAACAAUAUAGAGAUCCGAGAACUAAACAACAUAUUCCAUAUAGAGAAAGAAAAUCAUUAAGUGGCACGGCAAGGUAUAUGUCAAUUAACACACAUUUUGGCAGAGAACAAAGUAGGAGAGACGAUUUAGAAUCUUUGGGUCACGUUUUUUUCUAUUUCUUAAGAGGUUCAUUACCGUGGCAAGGUCUAAAAGCACCAAAUAAUAAACUAAAAUAUGAAAAGAUUGGUUUAACUAAAAAAAAUUUGAAUCCAAAUGAUUUAUUAUUAAAUAAUACAAUACCAGAACAAUUUGCUACUUAUUUAAAUUAUGCAAGAAAUCUAAAAUUUGAAGAAGAACCAAAUUAUGACUAUUUAAUGCAUUUAAUGGAUGAAGUUUUAUUACAACUAAAUUUACAAGAUGAUGGACAUUACGAUUGGAUGGAUUUAAAUAAUGGUAGAGGUUGGGAUAUAAAUAUAAAUAAGAGAGCCAAUUUACAUGGUUAUGGUAAUGCAAACCCUAAAAAUAACAACAACAACAACAACAACAACAAUAAUAAUAAUAAUAUCAAUCAUCAUCAUAAUAAACAAAUCAAUAAGAUUAAAAAUAACCUUACGAACUUACAAUCUUCAAGCAAUAUUAAAUUAAGAUCAAAUUUCACACCAAUAUCGGAAGUUAAAGAUGGUGGUUUUUCAAAUUAUAAUGCUAAUAAGCGUCAAAUGCAAAAAAUAAAUUACCCAUUGAAAAAAACAUCAUAUAAUGCGAUAAACAAUAACAGUACUGAUAACGAUAAUAAUAAGAGCGUAACAGCUAUGAAUAAUCGAAUGCAAAAUCGUCAUAUUGUAAAUGGUAGUAAUAAUAGCAUGAAUAAUGAUAAUAAGGCUGGAAUACUUUCAAAAUAUUGCAUCUGUUUAUCCUGGUGCUAA